ACGUUGGUAGUCUUCCGUCUUUAUUGAUAUCGUUAACAGCGGUAGAGCGUAACGAAAACUGGGAUCGGGCGCGAUUGCAACGCGAAGUGUUGCAGUGAUAAGACUGACGCGAUCGAGUGACGAGUGUGAAUGGAUGCCUAAUGAUCUGAUGCAGAGUGAAGCUUUUGGACCUAGACCUGGACUAAGGACAAUUGCGAGGGAGUGUUAGUGCACAAGCAGCUUGGAAGACUGGAUGCUGAAUACUUGUUCAUAAGGAUAUAUUCAACAUAUACAAUCGAUGUUGACAUGAACUAAAGGAUGGCCUUAUAUCAAAUAUCACUUAUCAUCCUUGUGAUUGCCUGCAUUGUCAGGGGUCAAGUGAACCAACUUUCGACAGAUUUCAAACCACCACCUCCGCCACCACCGCAGCCAGCACCCGUGCAGAGUAGUGCUAAACUACCGUUCAGCCUUCCACCCUUGUUGUCUCCGUCGUCUAAUCAUAUUUCUAGUCCUGCUAACAAUAAUAUUCCUUCUACAUUCCAAAGUUCAUUCUCUCAACCUUAUCAAUCCAAACUUCCUUCUCAGCCACCUCAACAAAGUCCUGUUCAAUUUUCGUCUCAACAAACCCCUCAACCCUUUUCUCAACAUCUUCCUCAACAUCCUCCCCAACAUCCUCUUCAACAUUCUCCUCAACAUCCUCCUCAACACUCUCCUCAACAUCCUCCUCAACAGUCUCCUCAACUUUCUUUCCAACAUACUCCUCAAUACCCGCUUCAUCUUCCUCCUCAACCUUCGCCCCAACACACUCCUCAACUGCCUCUAUAUUACUCUUCCGAACACCUUCCUUCACAAUUUUCUCCUCAAUACCCUCCUCCAUAUUCCCCCCAACUGCCAACUCAAUUUCAUCCUCAGAGUCCCAUCCAGUUACCUCAUCCACUACAGCAACAAGUUUCCUUCCAACUACCUCCUUUCCCUAUUCAACCAACUCCUUCUUUCUUACCUCAUUACUCAUCAAACCUACAGACCAAUUCACUAUCCUCAAUUUCUCCAUCCCACAUUCCUCAAGCUUUGAACUUAAAGGCCCUUCCUCCAUCUCCUUUGCAAACCCAGCCAAGGACAAAGCUACAUCAGUUCCCAAAAGCGCCAGAACAACAUCAGUUCCCAAAUCCGCCAGAACAACAUCAGUUCUCAAAACUGCCAGAGCCACCAUUCCCAUUGUUUUACCUUCAAAGUGGCACUAAAAAUAUCUCCUUGGAUGGAAAUCGUUCACCGCGAACAUUGCAGAUGAUCGGUUCCAACAACCCACAUACCCUGCAAAAAAUGUCCGAUAAUCUUCGACCCAACACCCAGGCCUGGUUUUACAAGAAGAACGCUUUGCCGAAACGGUCACCUUAUCAACAAGCAUCUAUAAUACCCAUGACAACUACAACGCCUCUGACGAACACGCCACAGCCAAUUCCAUUGAAUCAACUUAACCACUUCGAACCAACCAUAAAGCACAACCAACAAGGUCAAUCCACUAAUCAAGCGCCAAUAAAUCAUUAUCCAACAGCAUUGACCAAUAAUCAAUACCCGUCGAACUCAUACGGUGGUUUGUGGAACAAUAUACCGCCUUUCCAUCCAGGCUCAUCGAAUACUUUGAACAAUUUUUAUCAUAGCAAUCAAGCCCAUCCUUCGAGUAAUUUCAACAACGUUGACUCAUUACCAAAAUUGAAAAUCCACAAAAGUAAUCCAACUACGAACCAAGCGUCAUCUUUGCAUAUAAAUGUUGGAUCAGACACUCCCUCCCUGUCAGGUGGACAUGGUCAACAAGCACAACCGUACCAUCCACCAUCGUACAACCUGCACCAAGCCCCCUUGUUCAGACCACAUACUCAACAAAGUCCUCCUUACAAUUCCCAUCAACAGUCGUCACCGUUCCAUUUAAGUGCUCCCCAUCAUCCAAUCACUCCCUUGGAGGUGUUCCAGGAUCCGUCGUUGCAUAUAGCUCCCAUCAGCAUCCCCCCACCUGAAUCACCGCACUUCGAAACCCUCCGUAGCCAGGUUAGCGCUCUGAAAGCCAAACAUAAGAGCUUCUUCAGUGACCAUAAAUCUGGCGACCCAUCAACCAGCAAUGUUGCUCCACAUCCAUCUCAAACAGCGCACAGUCCAGUUGCCAAGCCAGCCUAUGGAACACCUCCUCAUCCUACACCGCCUUCUCCUCCUCCACCGACUCCUCAAGUUGCUCAUACUCCGGGUCUGCAGAACUAUGCGGUCCAGUGGAACCCUAACGAACAAAACAAGCUGGCACCACCCAAGUGGCAUUUUCAAAAGCACGAGUUCGAAAACAGCAAUAGCUUUGGAAAAACUCCCGAGCAGUUCAAUGGCCCCAAAAAACCGCACAAUGAUUUCGUUGGAUUCCCACCUGCCAAGGGGUCGAUCAAUAAUGAGCUCAACUUCAUCAGCAACUGGGAAAAGGGUAUCGGAAUCAUCCACAAAACAGAUCACGGCAAUGCCGAGAAGGGCCAAACGAUAGUAUCCCCUGGAGUUACGGACGAGUUCAAAAAGAUUGACAAGCAAGAAUCGUCCAAGGUUGAAGUGUUCACUACGGAUGGGGUGCCACCACGGCGAUUCGCGGAGAAGGGGGAAGUGAAGAAACAGACGGGUGUUCUGAAGAAAAAUUUCGGGAGGGGGAAGCCACCGGGAAUUGAGAAGAAAGGCUGGGAGGACAAGCGUCAGUAUGAAACCACAACAUUAGUUCAGGAACUUUCCAGCAUCGAUGGUGGACAGGCAAUUUCUAAUGCAACGCAGAAGACGGAAGCAAUAUACAGAAGAAAGCGGGAUGUUUUUCAGUUUGAAGAUAGCACCACGGAAGGUAUCGAUGUCGACAAUUCAGAGAACGAAAGUACGGAAGCUCCUAUUGUGGAACUGGAAACCGAAGAGCAAUUACCAUAUGCAGAGUCGCUGGUAGCUUCUGUAACGGAAUCAACUGAAUCAACGACGCAGUCGGAUCUGCCACAUGCUGAGCCAUUGGUAGCCGUAAGAAAGGUUGAAGAUUUGUUGGAUUCGAGCGAAGAAGAUGCUUUGUUGUUGGAUUCAGAUGAAGGACUUUAUUCACACGCGGCCGAUCGUAGAAGUUUGGAUUUAGAGAGCGGCGAAACCUCAUCGGAAGAACAAGAGGCCGAGGAGGCAAGGUUUGCCGAUAUGACGGAUGAUGAUUAUGAUGAUGCCUAUACGGAUGAGGAAUUAUCGAAAGAGUCUCACGUGGACACGUCUAUGUUCGAAGAAUUUGAUGGAACAACCUCGCGGCCUGAAGCCAUGCCCAUCAUUUCGAAGAGAAUGGAUAUUUCGGCGAUGGUUCAUCAGCUGGUGGAUCCCAGAGGGCUGCACGGCGCAGAGCUGAUAGCUUUCUUAGAUGAAGCAUUACGGAAUUCUUCCCGAUUCCUACCGGAUGAAGCCGAGGAUCGUAGUUUCGACAUAGUUGAACCUCCGAACGAUAUUGUUAAAUUUCCAUACUAUGACCGGAAGGAGCCUCCAAUAAACGUUGAUUCGGCUUUGCGAUUCGCUGAAAAUUUGACCACCUUUUCCAAAGGGCUGUUUGAUUCUAAGUAUGGUGAUCAGUGUCCUGAAGUAGAUAUAGAGAUUGCAGAUGAACCAACGGACCCUGGACGACAUACAUUCAAUCCGGUACGAAGAUUGAAGCGAUUGGGAAAUAAAAUCGAUUGCCUGAAGAAUAGAAAUUUCGGGAAGGAUCCCUUAAAUAAUCCUUUGUUUAAAGAAGAGUUUGUCGGUGGUGGACGGGCAUCGCAACCAGAUCCAUCCGUGGCAGUGUUUAGCGAUGUGAUUCGAUUGAUCAAGCAGCAUUUGGAUGAAGAAGAGCGUGAAAAAGCCAAAGAUUUCAACGACAUAGUGUCACCUAGACAGUUGAACCUAUCCGAUACAAAAACUUCUACCUCUAAUAACGCCGUUCUCGAGCAGUUGAAGCUUGGUAGACGGAGACCCUUACUCCCGAAAAAACAGCAUAAAAAAGUUGAAGAGCCGAAACAAGAAAAUACUCAAACAACUACCAAUGAAAGUCAUGGAUUAAAGAUCGUGUUUCCUCGCAGACUAAACAUCACCAAAUACGAUGAAGCAAAAAAAGCCACGCUUCUAAAAUCAAAAACAGUAGACCUUGAAGCGUACAAAGCAAAACUCAACCAAUCGCGGUUGUCUGAUCAUGACAUUUACAAGGUGUCAUUGGCCAGGAAGAUUAAUUUUGACAAGCUGAACAGAACCAAGACUCCUAAAAGCCAGCGUCGGGCCUCGGAUGAUAGAUUCACGUACGAAGCUAUUCCUAGAAGUAACCCAUCUUCAAUGCAAAUAUUUGAUAUUAAUUCAUUUUUUCCAAAAGCCGUUGCGCAGGUUUCUGAUGAUGAACCAGCGAAGAAAGAAAAAUUCGAAUCGAAGUAUGAUCAGCUGGAACGCGAAGCUAAUGAAUUGAUCGAUGCUGUACAGAAAAGCAACGACGAAGUGGAUCGUCGUUUAGCGAGCAAGGCAAAAGAAGAUGCUAAAGAUUCAAAGGACAAACCGUACGGUACCAGUUAUUCUCCAUCUUACCGACAGUACCGGUUGUUAUCCAGAAAAGACGAUCAGAAACGAACACCCACUGUAGACGAACUGGUGAAUUUCUACAGUAAGAGAAGCAAUAGUGAUGAGCAAAUUUUGACGACAACAAUAUCCCCUAACCUCCCGUCCAUAUCACUCCCAUCGAUGAAAUUGAAAGUUUUCGACGUAUCAACAUUCUAUCCUCGCAGGUACGAAGAAUUGUACAAUUCUAUAUACAAACGAAGAGCAAAUAAAAAUAAUUUUGAAGAUUUAGAAGCCCUGCAAACUUCUAAAUUUUCUCUGGAUAGAUCAGAUAGUUCGGAAAACUUCCAAGCCGUGGAACCCAACAAGCGGGUGGUGGAUGACAUAGCAGAUUUUGGCACCCAAUCACAACUUACCGAAUCAUUGGGUUCCACUUCUUCGAACGAUGGCCAUCACACAUUCAAAAAGUCCGAACCCCCAAAUCCGGACCUCCCGGAAACGGACAAAGCUACCUUCCACUUGGAUCAACCAGGAGCCGCAUCAGGCCACAGAGCACAGCUGCAUAAACGUAUCCCUCCGGUGAAGAUUAUCAAUCGAAAGCGUUUCAAAGCCAAUGUGAAAAGCCUUAAGCGACCCCCUCUCAAGUAUCGACGAAAGAAGGUUUUCAACGGUUAUUUCUAGUGAUGUCCACACAACACCGACUGAGUCACUCAUUCGUCUUCCGUCCCCCUACGAUUAGAUGAUAGUAAUUUAUUUGUCGAUCUUCUAUCAUAUAACGUCUGUCCCAAAUACAUGCUUUUAGAUAAAUGUA